AACGGCUCAAUCUCCCAACGCUCCGGUCAAACGGAGAAGGCGAGAACUUUGCGGAGAAACUUCCGUCCAUCAGGGCGAUCCUUCCCGAGUUCCCGCCUCUUUCCGCCACCUUCUCCGGCGUCGCAGACUCGGCUCGGUUCUAGACACGUCGAAUAGAUUAAGAAUAGGCCUACAUGAGAAUCUUUCGGCGUUCAAGAUCAAGGGUUUCUAUCUUAUCCUUUAUUCUUCUCUGCUGGCUCCCAGAACUGAUAAAUGCUGCAAUUGUUACACUUGACUCGAUCGAAAUAUAUGAUACCCAUGAGUUCCUUGGAUUGGAACCAACAAUUUACUUUCAGUGUAACGGGGAGAAUCAGACAACCAUGCCCGAUGUGAAGGAGAAAGGUGUUUUCUAUAGCUUUAAAGGAGAAGAGUCGUGGCAGCCUCUUGUGGAACUCCAUAAUAAGAAAUGCAAGAGAUGUGGAUUUUAUGAAGACGACUCAAUGAAGCCACGCGAUGUUUUUGAUGAGUGGGAGUUUUGUGCUUCCGAUUUUUCGAGUACUGAUGGCAAAUACAUCCAUUUCAAGGACAAGGAGCUCAACGCAACAUUCUUGUGUCCUGAAUGUGCCCAUCCUGUUGGUCCUCCACAGCAUUCAGGUCCCUCAAACGAGAAGGCAAUGACGCAUUGGGCUUUCAUUGUGGUAAUAGGUGCUACGGUUUCAGUGGUUUUUGCCCUUGGCAUGGUAACUUCAUACAAGUUGUGGCAGAAAAGGAAGAGGCAGCAAGAACAAGCGCGGUUCAUAAGACUCUUUGAAGGGGAUGACGACGUAGAUGAUGAAUUCGGAUUUAGCCCUCUGAGCCACGUCACGUAGAAGUGCAUUCCCUUUUUGCUAGAUGUAUUGAUAAAGAAAAGUAAGUGGGUUGGAAGUUGCUUAAUUGGCUGAACCGGACACAUGCAUUUGGACAAAAGACAGACAUACCCAAUUCACUCCCUUCCAUUUCAACUCCAUCACCUCACACCACCCCAACGCUUCGCACCACGUUACACAUCCAUAUAUAAUUGUAGUAUAAUGUGUCCAUUGUUACUUUUAUCAUGUAUUUAAGCACCUACUAAUAAUUAUAAUUGUAAUUG